AUGGCGGCGCGAAGCUUUGCAAACGUGAGCUGGCAGCGCUUGGGCGGUGGGGGUGCAGCAGAAGCAGAGACGGGGUGGUGGGCGUGGAUCACGGCGGGCUUGACCAACGCCGGGCCCAGCAGUCCGUCAAUAAACGGCACGCUCCACAUUACCGCUGAGCAGGUGGUACUGGCGCCGGAUGCAGCCGAUGCACCCCGGCUGAGCGGGUCCAUUGCGGUGCUGGAGGGCUUGGUGCUCGACCAGCCGCUCUUUGGGGCCAACGCCGUCGAGUUUGUGCUCCCGACAGACGACGGUGCACAUGUUCAGCUCCGCGUGAGCUUUCCCGAUGGCGGAGCCAUUGAUUGCUAUACAACCCUGCUCCAUCGUCAUGAGCUCCUAAGAGCUGGUACUCCUCAACCAUUUUCGUCAAACGACGCGCCCAAUCGCGUCCAGGGCAUGGCCGAGGCCAACCAAACGCUGGAUGCAUUCCUGUUGGCCGGCGACGAAUCCCACGGCGAUCGGGUCGCCUACAGCACUUCUGCGACGGCUGCGGCGCGCAAAGAUGACUAA